AUGAACUACUGCACUGCCGUCGCUGCCGGUGUUACGACCUUCAUUGCCAACGAAGUUGCCAAAUGCAUGUUCGUUCCCCUUAAACCUCAUAUUGAUUACAUACGUAAUCGAAACAAAAAUCUUGAAGAGUUCAAGAAAAAAAUUGACCUAUUGAAGGAUGAAAGAGGAAGAGUGAAAAAUGCUGUUGAUGCUGCUGAAAGGAAUGGGGAGAAGAUUGAAGAGGGUGUUAACAAGUGGCUGAUUAGCGUGGAUGAGAAAAUCAAUGACGAGGCCGAGAAAGUGAAAGCCCUUGAAGACAAAGCAAAGAAGAGGUGUUUCAUUGGGUUGUGUCCUAACUUAAAGAGUUACUACCAGCUAGGCAAGAAAGUUGAAGAGGAUGCGAGGGUUGUUGCUGAACUCCUUGAACAAGGAAGAUUCGACAGAGUUUCAUACCGUCUUGCUCUGGAGGGGAUAGGAACUAUGCCUGUCAAAGAUUACGAAGCAUUUGAAUCAAGAACCAGUACUUUGGCGGGAAUCAUGGAGGCCAUAAGGGAUCCAAAAGUCGGAAUGAUUGGGGUGCAUGGGAUGGCUGGUGUUGGCAAGACCACGCUUGUUAAGGAAGUUGCCAGGAAAGUGAGGGAAGAGUCCUUGUUUGAUGAGGUAGUGAUGGCGACUAUUUCACACAACCCAAACAUAAGAAACAUUCAGGGAGAAAUUGCGGACAUGUUGGGUUUGAGAUUUGAUCAAGAGGCCGAGACAGGAAGAGCGAUGCGGCUGCGUCAGUGCUUUGAAUUGAGGAAUGAUAAGAAGAUUCUUGUAAUUUUAGAUGAUAUUUGGGAACGUUUUGACUUAGAAGCUAUUGGGAUUUGGUUCGAGGAGGAUGGAAACAGGGCUGUUGACGAGAAACAGGGAGCUAUGAUGCAAAACAUCGGUAGAAGUUCUUUCAACAAAUUUUCUACUGUGCGCAAAAUCUUGCUUACUUCCCGAAGCCAAGAUGUACUCGGGCAUAUGAAAUCUGAAAGAAAGUUUGAAAUCAGGAUCUUAUCUCAAGAAGAAGCAAUGGCUUUGUUCACAAAAAUCGUGGGUGAUACAGUAGAGAAACCCGAUUUCAGAUCGAUAGCUAAACAAGUGGUGGACAAAACUGAUGGUCUACCGGUUGCUAUUUCAGUGAUUGCAAAAGCAUUGAAAGAAAAGGGACUUGAUAUAUGGGAGGAUGCCUUGAGACAACUAGGAAGUUCCACUCCAACAAACAUAGAGGGAAUGCAAAAAGGGGUGUACUCGAUAAUAGAGUUGAGUUACAAUUCACUGGAAAGCGAGGAGGCGCGGUCACUAUUACAACUCUGUUCCUGGAGGCCUCUAGGUUCAAGGAUUUAUGUGCCGUACUUGCUGAGAUCCAGCUUGGGUUUAGACUUGUUGGGAGAUGUCAAAACGUUGAAAGAAGCGAGAAAUAGUUUGAACACAUUGCUUGAUAAGCUUAAAGCUUCUGGUUUGUUACACGAAGGUGACAGUAAUGGAUAUGUGAAAAUGCAUGACCUUGUCCGUAAUGUCUGCAUUCUUAUCACAUCUGGAGAUGAACAGAUCAUCGUCACAGAAGAAGCCGACUUGAAAGAAUUGCUGAAAAAGCGAAAACUCAAGAACUGCAAAGGUAUUAACCUGGUAUACAGUGAAAUUCAUGAGCUCCCCUACACGUUGGAAUGUCCGAAACUUAAGUUUUUGGCGAUGUGGAGCGAAGAUCCCCUAUCAGAAGUUUCUGAUAACUUUUUCAUAGAGAUGAAGGAGCUCAAGGUGUUGCAAUUGGGAGGUAUGGGUUUUUCAUCGCUACCUAAAUCAUUUGUUUCCCUAACAAACCUUCAGACAUUAUUUCUUGAUGAUUGUAAGUUGCAUAACAUUGCAAUUAUAGGGGAAUUGAAGAAAUUAGACAUCCUUACCCUUAAUGGUUCUCGUAUUGAACAGUUGCCUAGAGAAAUAGGCCAAUUGACCCAUCUAAGAUUGCUAGAUCUAACCGAUUGCUCCAAAUUGGUGGUGAUUCCGGAAAAUGUCAUAUCCAGCUUGACUUGUUUAGAAGAACUGUAUAUGGGUAAUAGCUUUGAUCGAUGGGAUGUCGAAGGUAACGCUCGACUUGCUGAGCUGAAGGAUUUGUGUUAUCUGACUACUUUAGACGUUCAAAUUCGUGAUGCCCAAAUUUUGAGAGGAGACUUGUUAUCUGGGAAGUUGAAAAGAUACAAAAUUUUCUUAGGAGAUGGAUGGGAUUGGUCCGCUGAACAUGGGUAUUCAAGAACACUGAAGCUCAAGCUAAAUACCAGUUUUAAUUUAGAUGAUGGGAUCACAAUGUUGUUGAAGAACAGUGAAGAUUUAUAUGUGGAUGAACUAAAAGGUGUCAGCAGUGUACUUUACGAUUUAGACAAGACAGGAUUUCCGGAUUUGAAGAGUCUUCAUGUCCAAAAUAAUUCGGAGAUUCAAUGUAUCAUUGACUCUAGUGAUCGGAUUGCCUUUCCCAUCUUAGAGUCAUUAUAUCUCCAUUCUUUGGUUAACUUGAGGAAGAUAUGUGGUGAGGUCGAUGUAGGGUCUUUCGCGGGACUAAGAAUCGUAAAAGUUGGAAACUGUAACACAUUGGAGAAUCUUUUCUCCUUCUCGUUAGCAAUUACACUCUCCCAGCUUCAAGAAAUUGAAGUAAUUGAUUGCACGAAAGUCAUCGGGAUUGUUACAGCAGAGAGAGAACAGAGCAAUAAAGCAUCCAACCAAUUUGGACUUCGUCAGUUACGAUCCCUGACGCUGCAACGUCUACCAGAGCUCAUUAGCUUCUGCUCUGAAGAGAAGAAGCAUUCCACAUCUCAACCAGGACUGAUAAACACGAGGUCCUUGCCACUUUUCACUGAAAAGAUGCUGUUUCGUUAUUUGGAGAACCUGCGAUUAUCCUCAAUGAACAUAGAAAGCAUAUGGCACAACCAGCUUUUCAAACUAUCUUCGUCCGUUCAAAAUUUGACAAGCUUAAUGAUUGAGAAUUGUGACAAUUUAAAGCACCUGUUGUCAUCUACUAUGGCUAGAAGUCUAGUGAAUCUCAAAUCCUUUGAGAUUAUCAAAUGCAAGAGCUUGAGAGAGAUAAUAUGCACAGAGGAUACAGAAGACGACAAGGCUACAAUUUCAUUUCCUCAAUUGAACUCUCUAAAGUUAAAAGAUCUUCAAUAUCUCAUUGGAUUUUGCUCAGAAACACAUAUUGUUGAAUUCCCAACCUUGAAGUUACUGGAGAUAGAUAACUGUCUUGAAUUGAAGGGAUUCAUGUACAAAUCUACAAUCCAAGAGCAUUUCUCUACACAAGCUUUCUUCAAUGAAAAGGUUGCGUUUCCCUGUUUGGAGAAAAUGACUAUUUCUCGGUUGAGAAAAAUGAAGAUUAUAUGGCACAACCAACUCUUUGUAAAUUCCUUCAGCAAGCUGGAAGAAGUGACAGUUGAACACUGUAACGAGUUACUAACCUUUUUCCCCUCUAAUUUCCUGGGAACAUUCCAACGACUGCAUACUCUGACGGUAUCCAAUUGUGGCUCACUGGAACAAGUUUUUGAGCUUCAAACGUUAAGUAUGGAAAAAACACAUGUUGUAGCCAGUAAACUAAGAGAAUUGAAUAUUUCUCGUCUACCAAGAUUGAGGUACAUUUGGUGUACUAAGGAUCCCCAAGGAAUUUUUACGUUUGAAAAUUUACGUAUACUAGAUGUUGACAAUUGUCGGAGUCUGAAGAAUGUAUUUCCUGCCUCAGUAGCCAGAGUUCUUCCACAACUUAAAGAUCUUAGAGUAGCUUAUUGUGGGGUGGAAGAGAUCAUUUCAAAGGAUGAAGGAUUGGAAACGGCUAUCACUUUUGAAUUCGAUCAAGUAUCCUCCCUUAUUCUUUGGGACCUACCAAAACUCAAGUGUUUCUAUCCAGGGAUGCAUAAAACAACAUGGAGGAUGUUAAAAGAGUUGAAAGCAUAUCAUUGCAACAAAUUGAAGAUAUUCGGUACAGAACGUCUGAACCUCCGAGAUAUGAACGAGGACGGCCACCUAUUUGAGUCCCCAAUCCAACCGCCACUAUUUUCGGUAGAAAAGGUCAUUCCUAAAUUAGAAGAGCUGGCGUUAGACGGUAAUGACAUUGAAGCAAUAUGUGAUACACAAGCUUCAAGAAGCCUUUUUCAUGAAAUAAAAGCUCUUAGCGUGCAUUGCUACCAUGAUGAAUAUGCUAUUUUCCCAAUAACUUUCCUUGAAAGAUUCUACAAUCUAGAAUGGCUUGAGGUGAUUUGUUGUAAUUUCAAAGAACUAUUCUCUUACAAAGGGGAUGUCAAUGAGGAGAUACAGGUUGGAACCUAUUCACGAAUUAGAAAGUUAAAGUUGGCUUUUCUUCAUAAUCUACAAUAUCUAUGGGGGAAAGACUCACGAAUAUCCCAAAUUCUUCCAAAUCUUGAAAAUCUUGAAGUUCUCAGUUGUGACAAUUUGAUUACUUUAGGAUUGUUUUCAGCAUCUUUUACAAAUCUCAAAAUUUUGGAUGUGUGGGGGUGCUACGCAUUGAUAAACUUAGUUGCAUCUUCAGCAGCACAAAGUUUGGUGCACCUCGAAAAAAUGGUGGUAACAGAAUGCGUUUCAGUGAAAGAAAUAGUUGGCAAUGAAGGAGAUGAACAAACAUACAACAUUGCUUUUGCUAAGUUGAAAUGUUUGGAACUUCAACAUUUACCAAACCUCACAAGCUUUUCUUCAAGCAACCACACAUUUGAGUUCCCAUCGUUGGAAGAAGUAAUUGUAAGCCAGUGUCCUGAAUUGAAGAUAUUCUCUCGAGGAAACCUAAAUGUCCCAAUGCUAAGAAGAGUACAAGUAAAAGGCCAAGAUUACAAGGUUGGAUACCAAGGAAUGGUGUAUUUAGUACUCUCCAAGUUUUCUAUGUCAAGAGAAAUAUGGAGCCAUAAUCUUCAAAGAAAUUUAGAUUUCAAAAGUCUAAAACUUCUAAGAGUUUAUGACUGCCAUGGCUUGAAAUUCAUAUUUACGGUUUCCAUGGCUCUUGAUCUUCUGCAACUGGAAGAGAUAACCGUAAAAAAUUGCCCUGCGAUGGAGCAAAUUAUCAUAAAUGAUGGAGUAGAGCAAAGAGCAGUGACAGAUACGAUCAUGUUCCCUUGGCUUAAGUUCAUCACUCUUGAGUCAUGUACGAACUUGACAAGUUUUCUUCGUGGUAGUAAUACAAUGGAAUGUCCACUAUUAAAACAAAUCAUUAUAGCUGAUUGUCCAAAGAUGAUUGCAUUUGCAUCUACAUUUUUGAGGGAGCAGGAUAUAGAGACAGUUGGUGAAGGAAAUCUAACUAUGCUUGGUAUUGCUCAGUUUUUCAGCGACCAGGUUAGUCUCUUUUCUUCGUACGUAUAG